CUCUUCAUUUAUUCAAAUCCAAAUUCCAUAUUUGGUGUGACCAAGAGAGUGUAGGGGUAUAAAUGUCAAAUCAGUAAUCACCCAAAAAAGUUAGUUGCUUGGGCAAGGGGUCUUAAUCGACGGCCCAAAUGUCAGCCCGUUUCGUAUAAAACCCCCCGCCCCGUUGCUCAUUCACUCACUCGAAUAAUUUUCGUUCUUAUUAUUCGUUUUCAGACUCUCUGUAGCCAUGUCUUGCUACCGUGGAAAGUACGCUGAUGAACUUAUUGCCAAUGCUAAAUACAUCGGCACUCCUGGAAAAGGUAUUCUUGCUGCCGACGAGUCCACUGGCACUAUUGGCAAGCGCCUCUCGAGCAUCAACGUUGAGAACAACGAGUCGAACAGGCGAGCCCUCCGUGAGCUUCUCUUCACCACUCCAGGUGCCCUUCAGUACUUGAGUGGCGUCAUCCUUUUCGAGGAAACUCUCUUCCAGAAAACAGCUGCAGGUAAACCAUUUGUGGAAGUUCUGAAAGAAGGCGGGGUUCUCCCGGGCAUCAAGGUCGACAAAGGCACAGUUGAGCUCGCCGGAACUAACGGCGAGACCACCACCCAAGGCCUCGACGGGCUAGCCCAGCGCUGCCAGCAGUACUACACUGCCGGGGCCCGCUUCGCCAAGUGGCGGGCCGUCCUCAAAAUUGGGCCCAACGAGCCUUCCCAGCUGGCCAUCAACGAAAACGCAAACGGGCUGGCCCGAUACGCCAUCAUCUGCCAGGAGAACGGGCUCGUCCCCAUAGUCGAGCCCGAAAUUCUCGUCGACGGGCCCCACGACAUUAACCGAUGCGCUGACAUCACCGAACGAGUCUUGGCUGCUUGCUACAAGGCUCUUAACGAUCACCAUGUACUUCUUGAGGGAACCCUUUUGAAGCCGAACAUGGUCACGCCUGGCUCGGAAUCUAAGAAAGUUGCUCCUGAGGUGAUUGCUGAGUAUACUGUGCGGGCCCUACAGAGGACGAUGCCGCCAGCUGUCCCGGCUGUGGUUUUCUUGUCGGGUGGGCAGAGUGAGGAAGAGGCUACUGUUAAUCUGAAUGCCAUGAACAAGCUCGAGGGGAAGAAGCCGUGGAGCUUGUCCUUCUCGUUCGGGCGGGCCCUGCAGCAAAGCACGCUAAAGGCGUGGGCCGGCAAGGAGGAGAAUAUUCCCAAGGCCCAGGCGGCUUUUCUUGCCAGGUGCAAGGCGAAUUCUGAGGCGACACUCGGGACUUACAAGGGGAGUGGUUCGCUGAGCGAGGGUGCAUCGGAGAGCCUACAUGUGAAGGACUACAAGUACUGAUGAGGGCCGGGCUUUUGGGGUUACGGGCCGAGCUUUUUAUUUUGUUUUUGUUUUUUGUUUUUUUUUUUUUCUGCUNUUUAACUGUUUUCAUGUUUUGCAUUCGAUGUGUUUAAUAAAAAAAUUGAGGGACACGAGAUGUUUUUGAUGUUAUAAUGAUGAGGCUUCUUGCCUUUUGUGAAACAUGCAAUUUGCAUGUAUUUGUGUGAUCCAACGGUUAAAAUUAUUCCUGGUAUA